AUGGCUGGAAACCCCAUGAGGCGUAACCAAAACCUUUAUUGCCAAUACCAUCAGGACCAAGAGCACAUUAUAGAAGAUUGCAGGAAUUUAUGGGACCAUCUGGACCAGUUGGUUCGAGAAGGGAAGUUGAAGCAACUGCUGCACCAUUCUAGUGGCCCGGCAGAGCAUAUAGGUACGAAUCCCUGGAGAGAUGCUUCUUCAAGACCUCCUUUGGGAAUGAUCAAUGUCAUCUUUGCUGCACCUGGUAGGACAGGUUUUCAUCCUUCCAGCGUAAUGUCUGUGGCUCGGCUAUCCACCAAGGACAAUGAUUCUGAGCCAAAAAGAGCAAGGAAAGAAGCCCUACUGGUUCUGGGCUUCUCAGACGAGGAUAAGGCCAGAAUCAUCCAACCCCAUGACGAUGCUCUAGUUGUCACACUCAGGAUAGGGGGAUAUGAUGUGAAAAGAGUGUUGGUAGACCAGGGCAGUGCUAUCGAAAUAAUGUAUCCCGACCUGUACAAGGGGCUGAAUUUGAAGCCCAAGGACCUAACGACGUAUGAUUCCCUUCUAGUAAGUUUCGAGGGAAAAACUGUUACUCCAAGAGGUCAGAUUAGACUGCCCAUAUAG